AUUCUUCUCUCCGUUAACCGAUAGGAUUUAACAGGCUAACAUGGACACCUCGUGCCGAUCUGCAUCCUAAAGAUAAAAUCAAUCAAGGAAAAGAAGUUGUUUAAAUAAACGCAGGGAGCGGGCGCUGCGAUUUCCUGACACAUUGGACAGGAGAGUAAAGAGUUGUCCUCUCUUGGCGGGGCUGCCAUCCCGCCCCCUUCCGGAGGUCCCGGUGGUCACACAGACUCCAGAUCCCACCGUCAGUAUUUCUCAGUAUCGGGGGCUGCGAAGCGAAGCACAGCACAUCAUGUACAAGGGCGAAUACAGCGGCGUCAAGUACGGCAUGGACUCUUCGUCCAAGAGCAAAGACUGCGGCUACUACGUGAAGUACUUCUUUGUCUUCUCGUCUCUCAUCCAGUUCCUCAUCAUCUUGGGGCUCGUCCUCUUCAUGCUCUACGGGACCGACAACAAGAUGCAGGGGGACCGACUGACCGAGCUGGAGGAGAAAUCCUCUCAACUGUUCUCCAGAGUUAUAGUGCUGGACAACGAAAAGCAAAACCUGACGACUCGUCUCAACCAGACCCAGAAGGAGAAGAAGGCGCUCGACGCGCAGCUGGUCCACGCGCGCGGGCUCAUCACCAACUCCAGCAAGAUGAUGGGCACCAUAUCUCGCGACCUGAGCAGCUGGAAGCAAACAGCACUGCAAAAUGGGCAGUGCUGUCAGAGCAGCCCGUGCGCCAGGAUUGACGCUGAAAAAAAGGUCUGCAUAAGGGACAAGGACCAACUGACUAUCAGACAUCAGACGCUGGAAAUCAACUUCACCACAACUAUUGGGCAACUUUUUAGAGAACUCCGAGGUGUAAAAGAUGAAAGGGACAGCCUCCGCAUGCUGGAAAUUAAGACAAGACAAGAGAAGCAAAACAUACAAACAGAACUGGAGGAUUUCAAGGAACAAUGCAGGACCACCUAUGAGUCCAGUCUGAAGGGCAUCACCGAUAUCACCUCCAAGUUCAAUGAGCAGAUUAACAAGGCGCUCCCCAACACCGCGUCCUUCUCUCUGUCCUGCGAGAAUCAACAUCAACAGAUGGAAAGGAUCCGAGCCAACUGCUCCCUCUUAAAAAGUGACAUCGAGAGCAAGUAUCAGAGUUUCGUCGACUCGAUCAGCCGCCGGUUAUCCGACAUCCAGUCUCAGAACAGCAAUCUGAAAAUACAGACGGAGCAAAAUAAGCAACGCCUAGAGCUGUGUAGCAGGAACCGGACCGAAACGAUCAAAGAUUACGAAGGGAGGUUGCGACGUCUGCAGGACAAGCAUGACACCGAAUCCUUGAGAAUCAUAAGGGAGAUCCAGGAUAUGAGACUUGAAAAAGAUCGGCUUCUGGGCACAAUAGCAGGGCUGGAGAGUCAGGUGAAGAAUCUAACCAGCUCGGUGAAACCCUUCAAUCCUGCCUACCCAAGAUUACCUCCUUUGUCUGGCUUCCCUCAAGGGUCUUCAAGUGCGGAAUCAAACACAUUAAGAGAGUAUAACGCACACUAUAAAGCACUGCAGGACUUCGCCCAAGGAAGUCAGAAAUAAAAGAACGGCUGCUUUAAAAUCAAAUGUGAUCAGAAUGACAGAAAGGAAAAGCAACAUCAAGACCAUCAUCAUCAUCAUCAUCGUGUCACUGAAAAGCAGGAGCAUUUGAACUACCUCUCCAUCUGCAUUGCACUCACUGGCGUCAUUAUUUUGGGCAGAAGUGCCAACCGGGUCAGGAGAGUGUGUAUACUUUAAAGCUUCCGAGAGGCAAGUUGGUUUAUGCAAGAACACUUUGAGAUAACAAUACACUUUUAUUAUACGUAUAUAGGUUUGGUUUAUUCAUCACUUACACUUCAAAUGUAAAUAGAUGUAACUGAAACAUGUCACUUUUAUCUGACAAUUCAUUAUUAUUUUUUUUUUAUUGUAUGAAGAUAAUAAAAUCAUGAUCAGAAAAAAUGA